CAGAACCGUAGCAGUCGCAAAACGAGGCAUCGUCAAUUCGGAAGCAAACAGAGGAUCAGUGUGAGCUGUCAGGCAGAGAAGAGGAGGAAGAGGAGGUGGAGGAGGGAGCGGUGAAGAUGAAGUUAUUAUAACUGUGUGUGUAGGAGAAGAUGGACUUUAACACUGUGCUGGUGACUGGAGGCUCCGGAUUCAUCGGCUCCCAUCUUGUGUGUUCACUGGUCAACAGACACCCUGACUGGAGAAUUAUUAACCUGGAUGAUUUGGAUUACUGCUGCAGCCCCAGGAGUCUGGAGAGCAUUGAAGACAGAGCAAACUACACCUUCAUCCGAGGAGAUGUGUGUAACUCGAGGCUGGUCGACCACAUUUUCAACACGGAGUCCAUCGAUGUGGUUUUCCACCUGGCGGCCAAAACACAUGUCGAGUCGUCGUUUGAAUCUCCAUCCACUUUCCAGCGGGUGAACGUCGACGGCACCAGGGUUUUACUGGCAGCUGCACAUCAGGCCAGACACCGGCCUCAGCGCUUCAUCUACGUCAGCACCGAUGAGGUGUACGGAGCUGGGCUGGACGAGGUGUUUGAUGAGAGCAGCCCGGUGAGGCCGUCCAACCCGUACUCUGUGACAAAAGCAUCUGCAGAGCUCCUGGUCAGAUCCUACUGGGAUAAAUACAAGUUUCCCAUCAUCAUCACCAGAAGCAACAACAUCUACGGGCCCCGGCAGUUCACUGAGAAGGUCAUCCCGAGGUUUCUCACCCUGCUGCGAAUGAACAAGAAAUGCACCAUCCAGGGGACGCUCCCUAAAUCUCGCCAUUUCCUGUUCAUCGACGACGCCGUCAGUGCCUUCCUGCUGCUCCUGGAGAAAGGGAUUGUGGGAGAAAUCUACAACAUGGGGACAAGCUGCGAGAUUCCCAUCAUGCAACUGGCCCGGCAGCUUAUAAGGAUGGUGAAGAAUGUUCCGGACUCGGAGGUGAACGAUUGGAUCGACUUUGUGCCGGACAGGCCGCAGGUCGACCUGCGCUAUCCAAUCACAAGUGAGAAGCUGCAGCAGCUUGGCUGGAGGGCCGAGGUGUCGUGGACUGAGGGCAUCAGACAAACUGUGUUGUGUCUUCCAGUGAAAUGGUACCAGGACCACCCAGAUUUCUGGUCAGCCGGCGGGGACCGAAGACAAAUCAGAGGAAACCUGGAGCUUUGAACGGAGUCACAAGGCAGCCAUUACAUUUUUUAAAUUUCACAUAUUUGUGUGGCACAAAUUGUGUUAUGGCAGCUCAAAUUACUGCUGCUUCAUUAGCCUCAGUAUUAUGUCUGAAUGAUCGUUGGACCAACUGAGGUGCAGAGCCUCUAUUAAACCAAAGCUUCGACUGGAAAUGGAUGCACUUUAUCUCUAUUAAUUAGUCACCUGAUGUUGUCUAGCAGACCUGAAGGAACGUAGAAACCUGAAAGCUCCUCAUCGUGCUCUUGAAUAUCUCGCAAUUUGAUCGGCGUCUUUCAACAGCAUUGUUUUGGUGUUUCCCUGAGGGCGAAUACACAAACUGGUCAAACUGGCCUGAGGAACCACGUCAUCUCUCGCUGUCAUGUCUCAAACUGCAGCUUAACAUUUGUGUCUGACCCUGGAUCUAUACCGUUGAAGGACUUUCAGGAGCUUCAGGAACUUUCAACAAAUCUUUCAAAGUUGUUUUUUUUAAAUCCUCUGUGUACAUUUCAAUUCAGCAGGUAGCUUGGUAAUCCAGUGACCAAAUAUUGUAGUGCAGCGCAAAGAGGGAAGACAUUAGGUCAUUUGUGUUUAACAGACGGUGCCAUCUUGCACAUUUGGAGCGAGAGUCUGUGAAGGAGCGAUCGUGGUGUGGCGCUGCAGUGGUGACAACUUUCAAACUGUAAUAGUAUUUUGUAUAAAGAUAUUUUUGUUAUAACAGCCUCAUAAUAAAAAGGUUGAGAAGGGAACCACAGCUAAUUUAAAGUCCUUUAUCUCAGUCAGGUGUUUGUUCCUGACAUUUUUUCACAUGAUGCUGAAGAUUUUUUUUAACCAGAAAAAUAAACUUGAUAUUUUCUAA